GGGUGGUGCGAAUUGAGUAUGGCGGUACGGUCCCUCUCAGCCUCGAUGAGCUGAGGAGAGCCCAAAGGGUGGAUUUCUCCGCCUUGGCGAUUCACUCUCCGAUUCCUUGGAAUUCCAGAGAUUGACCGCACCCUUCUGUUAUCACCUCUCGGCCUCUCUGCCUUGUAUAAGCGAAGGAUUCUCCUAGUGAAAUUCGCUUCCGUUUACAGCUGGCCGCGGCAGGGUGCCUUCGGCACUGGUCACCUUCAAUGAAUUGCCGGUUAGGUCCAGAUGAAACAGCGGUUCGUGGCCAGAACUGACUACAAGUUAAGUGCUUCCGCCUAGCCCUGCGGUGGCAGCACAAAGCGCCUUCCUUCUGGAGCUUGAGGGGCGAUGAUGGAGUUGGUUUUUGAACGAUCAGACAAUGGGCCAUCCGCAACGUUCCUUCUGGCUGAGGAUGCCAAAUUUGUGGACCUUGAACAAGUGGCACAUCGCUUUGGUCUUCAGAAAGGGUUGACGUUUCAGACUGGAGAGAACACUAUCACCAUUGAACCAAGGCUGAUAUCCAUUGACAAGUUGUAUGAAGCGUGCAAGGUGGAGAGGACAUCACCCUUUCGGGUCAUCAUUGAUGACAACGGGCAGGAACGGGUGACACCCGUUUGUUUAACGGUUCUGAAGAAACAAAGGACGUGGCCAAGCCGUCCAUCUUGGGAGCAGGUGGUUGCGUGGGUUCAAGAAUUGAAUGAAGACCUUGUUGGGCAUGACAUCUCCGCCAGCACAGCCUGCAAAGACCACGUGAGAAUGGACGUGUCAUCUCAGGAGGUCUUUGACCAGAUCUUGGACCUGUAUCUUCGGGCUGAGCUUGCCAGUGACAGCAACCUGAAGGUGCUUGAGGUCACGCUCACAAUCAAGAAAGGACCGUUGAAAGCAUUCUCCAAGUUUGUCGGUGACCGGGGUGUCCAGGAUGGUAUGAAAGUGCUUCUUGGAACUGCUUACGACCUGCGACAGCAGAGUCACAUCCAGCCAGUUGAGGUACCGGAGCUUGUACACUACCCGCUUUACUCGCUUGAGCCUCACUUGAACACCACAGUUCCAAAGGAGUUUACUGGAGGGGAAGUAGACACGAUCGAUGGGGUGAUCAAUGUGGCAAUGCGGCAUCUUGCCGCUGCGCUUGCAGCUUGCCGGCCAUCAAAUGCACAGACGGAGGCAACAAAAAGGGCCUUCAUCGACCCCAUUCUGAUCCUGGUCUGCAUCAUUGUCGUCACCCUCUUGGAGUUGGAGUCAGGGACGAUGCAGCUGUGCAUGGAGUUCAGUGUUGAGAACUCGACCAACGGGGGGAAGAUUGACUACGUCUUCCGCCUAGUCAUGGCUCUGAUUGGUCUAGUAGAGGCCAAGGGAGAGGGAUCACUCGUCACAUAUAGAGGGCAGGCGCUUGUGGAGAUGGCUGCAGUGAAGCAAAGCACCAUCAAGGAGGGGAACAAAAGGAACUACGAUGCGACAAAAACCCCGGCCACCUGCGUCUUGACCAACUCCACUGACUGGGAAUUUUACGUCCUGACCCCGGAUGAAGAGCCUCCUGUGACCUUCCGGCAGAUUGCUACGCCCACAGAUAGCAUGCUUUGGCUGGAUGUCAAGAAGCUUAGGGCGAGGUAUAUGCCCGUAAUCGAGCAGCUGGUGGCCAUCCUGAUGGUCGAGACCCAGAGAGUACAAGAACAGGCAUUCAAGAAGCCUAGAGUUGUUUAGAACCUUGAAAGUGCAUGCAUUGAUGAUUUCGGUUCAUAGCAGCGGGCACUCGUUGUCGAAGAAUUUCAAUAUUCAAGUAGCCUGAGGUCCAUGUAUACUUGAAUGGACAUGGCCACUUUCUCACUUGUGAGGCCAGAUAGAUGAGAAGACUGAUCCCUUCUUGUGUUUUGCUGCAAAGUUGACCCACCAUUGCCAAGUGUAUGGCUCUUACUAUGUC